GUGGGCUACAGUGGCUUUUUCAAGCUGACCUGUGUAGAGGGAAAAUGGCAACACAGAGGCACUAAUUGUCAACCGAAAUCAUGUGGUCAUCCUGGCGAAGCCCAGUUUGCCGAUUUUCAACUUAGAAAGGGGGACGAUUUUGUCUUUGGCUCAGAAGUUGUAUACACCUGCCAGAAAGGAUUUCAAAUGGUCAGUCGAACAAACUUCCGACGUUGUAUGGCAGAAGGCUGGGAUGGCGUUGUCCCCGUCUGUGAAGCUCAGCAGUGUCCAUCAAUUAAUGUUCCCAAAGAUGUGAACGUGAUGGGUGAUGCAGAAGAAGCUACCUUCGGCAAUGUAGUUCGAUUUAGCUGCAAGUCCAACAAUCACAUUAUGAAAGGGGCAAGAGAAAUUUAUUGUGAUGAAAAUGGAGACUGGAAAGGCUUGGAGGCCGGCAAUCCAAAAUGUGAAGUUGUAAAAUGUGAACCACCGAGGAUUGAAAAUGGUUUUGUACCUGGAGAUAUCAAAGAGUACAAUGAACGUGAUAUCCUAAACUUUGAAUGCAAUCCUCAAUAUAAACGUGCUCAAGAUUUACCUUCAAUCUGCACAAAGACAAGAGACAGAGCAGAGUGGAUCCCCACACCUGAAUGUCAAGAAAUAAAAUGUGAGCUGACACUGCCACCACUACAAGGAACCACAUAUGAACCUGCUCAUAGAAGUAGGUUUUCACCUGGUGAAAAGGUAACAGUUACAUGUGAGGAGAGAUACUGGAUUGGGACAACCCGCACGCGCUCAGUUGAGACUACUUGCAAAAAGGAUGGACAGUGGUCUGUCAGACCAGUAUGUCAAGAGGUUACAUGCAGCCGUCCACAAGAUAGACCUUUGUCCUACUGGGAGCGCUCUUGGCCUGAUGAGACAAAGAAAUUGGGUGAUACUGUCUGGUACACAUGUAGAUCAGGAUACAAGAAGAAAGAUGACGUCACUCGGGCCACAUGCACCAGAGAUGGAUGGGAACCAAAUCCACUUUGUCAAGGUAUGGUGAAGUUUAUAAAUGUAAUAUCUGUCUUUUUGAUAGCUAUAACAGGAUGUCCAACAACGAGCUUUGACCGCAGACUUAAAGUUUGGCUACAUGGUGACAAACUUUACUUCAGGUGUGAGGAUGGCUACAAACCUCUCACCAAAGGCUGGUGGGGUGAAGCCACAUGUGUGGACGGUGUUUGGUCUGGAGUUGAAAACUGUAUUGAGGAACAAAAGUGUCGAGAAGCUCCUGAGAUUCCUAAUGGGGAAGGAACACUAGGGAGUACUGAACGACACGGACAGACCCAAGACAUGAUAUUCAUUCAUUGCAAUGAAGGAUACUCUGCUGAGAUUGAGGAAAUAACCUGUCGUGACGGACGAUGGGAUUUAAAUGGAUCACUUGAUGAUAUCUGUAAAUCUAAUCAGGGUAACUGCAGCCUUCCACCCAAAGUUAAAAAUGCUGUUAUUACAACUCGUUAUCGGAAGCAAUACCCAUCUGGCGCUGAAGUAACUUAUCAGUGUCGUGAUAAGUACACAAUAGAGGGGAACGCCACAAUUAAAUGCACAGCUGGGAAAUGGAAGGAGCUCAAUAUUCAGUGUAUACUGUACUGUGAAAAGCUUGUGGAUGAGUCACAGACGAUGGACUUCACAGCAGAGAAAGAGAAAUACAUGACUGGAGAGAUCAUUGAAUAUCAGUGUAAGAAUAGAGAAGGAAUUAUUGGCAAUGCAACGUGCCAACAUGGCAAGUGGGAUAAACCAAUAGAAUGUGAAGAGAAAUGUAGAGUCCCUGAAACACCAGCAGCUCUAACAAUCACCACAGAUGUAACAGACGAUCAAAUGAAAAAAGGACAACAUCUAACAUUUGCUUGUAAAAACAGUAAUCACAUCAUCAAAGGGAAUGCAACGCUUGAAUGUUUGGAAAAUGGACACUGGAGCAAUCCUGUUCCCAGAUGUGAAGCUGCCAAGCAAUGUAGGACGCCACCACGUCUUUCAGAUGGACGGACCAAAACAUGGGCUAGAAACAUGUACAGACACAAUGAAAAGGUUGAAUAUGUGUGUGACAGAGACUACGGCAUGGAGGGUGGGCCGUUCAAAACCUGUGUCGAUGGUGAUUGGGUUGGAGAGAUGAGAUGCCGCCCUGGCCAGGGUUGUGGGAGGCCACCACCUCUUUCAGAUGGAGACACAAAAACAAGACCCAAAUACCAGUACCAACAUAAUGACAAGGUUGAAUAUAUCUGUCAGCGUUAUUACGUCAUGGAGGGUGGACCGUUCAAAACAUGUAUUGACGGUGAAUGGACUGGAGAGAUUACAUGCCUCCAACCCUGCACUGUGAAUAGAGGUGACAUGAACAGACAUAAUAUUCAGUUCAAAUAUAUAAGAGAUGAUAGACUGUAUUUAGAACAUAAUGAUGAAAUCGAGUUUAUGUGUACCAGUGGACACAGAGAUGUUGGGACAGUGAGAAUGCGUCAGAAGUGUGAAAAUGGUGUGAUACAUUUGCCGACUUGCCAGUAAUGCUUUUGUGUACAAGACUAUAUAAACACGAGUACACCAAUGUGUCAAUAAUUGAAGAGCAGAAUAAAGAAUUAGACCAGUGAAGUACCGGUGCUGUUUGUGGUCAUUUCAAUAAAAUGUAAUAAAUGCUGACUGAGUCUGUUUUCAGCUUCUAUGUGUUUUCUCAGGGAAAUCAAUCUUGGAUAAAUCUUCUACCACAAAUACAGAACAAAUAUACAGAAUUUGGCUUUAUUAUUUAAUAAAGGUUGCCAAGCAACUGAAUGUUGAAUACUGACGACACCAAGACAGGUAGGAUCUUGUUAGCUUCACAGUUUGUUUUUUUCUAGUUAAGCAAGGACACUAGAAGCGUAAGACAGUUUCUGGGAGCAGUUGACAAAUUUGAAUACAUUUCCAAAGGUUUCCUACAUUGUGAUGGUGUUUGAUAACAAAUCUGCUUCCCACACAUAUUUCAGCGAAGAAAAUCUUUCCUCUGUGGAUGAAGUUGCAAUAACACUGAGAAAUAUUUCUGCAGCCUCUUCUGGCUGAAAAAGUUAUCAAAUGCUCUGCAUAAAAGUUGUACUUGACUGAUGUUUGUUUAAUCAUAAAACCUGGUGUUCUUUCUGUAGUUGCUAAGACUUUUGUCUUUCAUUGCAUGUAUAAUCAUUGACACAAUAAAACCUGACAUGUACUUCCCUCAA